UCACGAGAGCAGCUCAUUUUCCUCCAAAAUGGCACUCUAAUCGGUAGCUGGUCCGCCGUGCUCGAAAUCGCGAUCCGAAAAAGGACUCCUCUGCGGUUCGAUUCCACCAGUGAAAAAGUGAACUCCAACAGCCGACUCCAUCUACGGGCAGAAUAGGCUAUACAACAUGCGAGCGGUUGAGAUCACAUGUAGCGUCUAACUAAAGAAAUCAGUAAAAUCACUGAAAGUCUUCCAUAAAGAUAAAUUCUUAAAUUAAGAUAUAAAUUGUUCGAUAAGAGAUCCUAAUAUUUAGCUUAUACUAAUAUAAAGAUACAAAUAUAUAAAAUUUAAAAAACAAUCUCGAUCUUGAGAUCGUACGGAACCGAACAAAAACCGAACGGAACAUGUCUUUCCUCAACAAUCUGCGCUCGUUGCCACUGCCCCCGGUGAAGAAUGUCUUGAACGUGGCCAUGCAAACCGCCCGGCAGACGAUUCCGAACAAGAAUAAACACGACGAGUACGAACAACCGGGUGGGGAAAAUGCCGGAAUGGGCGGUGGUCCUAGCGGGGGUCAACGACCUCCUCCGGUCGUCCCCCCGCGGCCACAGAAUGUCCACUUCGCGGAAACUGAUGGAGACACUGGUGGAACAACCGAACUGAAUCCUUUGAACCCGUUCACCAAUCCAAAGGCGUACUACCAGGAGGGGGGCGAACAGCCUGCCCCCGGUCAGUACCAGGAGACGGGCUUCAACCAACCGAGUGAUUUUGAGAAUGGAUAUCAAGCGGGAGGCUACCCACCAAGGCAAGGAAGUGUGCAAUCGUUUGGAUCGGACAGCACUUUCGCCGGUGGUUGUGAAGGAGAGGCGCCAGGAGGAAUGAAGAUCAACGAGUAUCAAGCAGCAUGGAACGUUACCAAUGCUAUUCAGGGUAUGUUUAUCGUGUCGCUUCCGUUUGCGGUGCUGCGUGGCGGAUACUGGGCCAUCAUAGCUAUGGUGGGCAUCGCCCACAUCUGUUGCUAUACGGGUAAGAUCCUGGUUCAGUGUCUCUACGAGCCGGAUCCGCAGACGGGAGAGCCGGUCCGGGUCCGGGAUAGCUACGUGGCCAUCGCCAAGGUAUGUUUCGGUAAGAAGGUUGGCCCCCGGGUGGUAAGUAUAGCUCAGCUGAUCGAGCUGCUCAUGACCUGCAUUUUGUACGUUGUGGUAUGCGGUGAUCUGAUGGCCGGGUCCUUUCCGGAUGGCGCCCUGGACAGCAGAUCGUGGAUGAUGCUGUGCGGCAUAUUUUUGCUUCCAUUAGGCUUUCUCAAAUCCUUGCAACAUGUCUCGAUGCUCUCGUUCUGGUGUACGAUGUCGCAUUUGUUGAUCAAUGCGAUCAUCGUCGGAUAUUGUCUGCUGGAAAUCGGCGACUGGGGCUGGAGUAAGGUCAAGUGGCGAAUGGAUUUUGAAAAUUUUCCAAUCUCGCUUGGUGUUAUUGUCUUCUCCUACACGUCGCAGAUCUUCCUCCCAACACUCGAAGGAAACAUGGAGGAUCGCUCAAAAUUCAAUUGGAUGCUGGAUUGGUCUCACAUUGCCGCUGCUAUUUUUAAAGCUCUCUUCGGAUACAUCUGCUUCCUGACGUUCCAAAAUGAUACCCAGCAAGUAAUCACCAACAAUUUGCAUUCACCAUCCUUCAAAGGGCUGGUGAAUUUCUGUCUUGUGAUCAAGGCUGUCCUUAGCUAUCCACUGCCAUACUUUGCCGCGUGCGAAAUGCUUGAAAGGAAAUUCUUCCGCGGUAAACCGAAAACUAUUGGUCCGGUCAUUUGGGAAUUGGACGGAGAGCUCAAGGUCUGGGGAUUGGCGUGGCGCCUGGGUGUCAUUCUAGGAACGAUCAUGAUGGCUAUUUUUAUUCCACAUUUUUCGAUCUUGAUGGGUUUUAUUGGAAGCUUCACCGGAACGAUGUUGAGCUUCAUCUGGCCCUGCUAUUUCCACCUGAAGCUGAAGGGUCAUCUGCUGGAUCAACGGGAGCGAGCCUACAAUUACUUCAUCAUCUUUUUGGGAUUCCUGUUUGGUAUCGUCGGAAUCUACGACUCUGGAAGUGCGCUAAUCAAAGCGUUCGAGAUCGGUCUUCCAUUUUAAGUAUCUAAGCUGGCGACAUAACAAAACGUAUUGUAUAGGAGCAGUAACAAAGUUGUUGACUAUCUACUCGAUUCUUGGUUGAAAUGCUUUUAAUUCAACAGUUAUACAAAUCAUUAGUGUUAUGAAGCAAAAAUGAAAACCUACCGCAGACAUGUUAAUAUUGAAUCUCUCUAGAACUAAAUUGUAGAUCGAAUAAGGUUAGUUUGAGUUCAGUUUAUAUCAUAGUGUCGUACUGGAUUUUAUUACAAGCAUUUAAACUGUAAGACAUAUCCAAACAAAAACAAACAAAUGUAUAAAGCUAACCUAGGCAACAUGCGCUUGGAUGAAUCCUUCAAUAAGUCAGCACCAAAUAUUCAUCUAAGCUGAUAACGAUUGCUCUAUGUCUUCCAAAACAUACUAAAGACGACCAGAAGGAGAAUGCGGAUGAGUAGGGACUACUUACUAAAUAAAUAAUCAAACUGUCUUCCAAUGGCGAUUAGAAAGGGAAUAGAAUCAUUAAUAGUUAGUAACUGUUUUGAAUCAAUUCGAUUCGGAUUUGAAAAUGUGGUGAGAAAAUGAUGCAAUAUUUGAUUACUGUUACUAUAGGUGAGUAAAAUAUGAAAUUAAAUGAAAAUGCAAACGUAAAAUCAAUUAAUCGUGUAUUGACAAUAACAAAAAAAAAUCAAUAUUUAACACUAAAGCAAGCAUCCAAAUAUAUUUAUCACUACCUAUUGUAAUUACAAAUAUAAGCGCAAAAACCAAAUUCAAGUCGAAAAUGUUGAAACUGAACAACCAAUUGACAGGCUAGCAAACGUAGCAAAGGAAUGACUCGCGUUUCCAGGAAAGGUUUAAUUUCAACCUGUUAUAUGCUCAGAAAAUGCCUGUACCUCUCUAUCUAUCCUGUAUCACGUACAGUCUCUAAAUGUCUUCCACCGUAGAAUUAUACACGCGUAUAUAAAACAAAGAAAAUAUUAUAGAAUUCUAAAUAAUCCAACGUCUUCCAGAAGAAACAAAAAAUAAACGAUAUAAACUUACAAUCAGUUGUCAAUGAGUUCGAUUAUCAUUUUCAGCGCUGUGAUGUUCGUUGUUCAGAUUUGUUGGAAAAAAUGUGGUUUUGUUUUCGACUUCGUUCCUGGUUUGAGUAUUACGUCGAGUGGAAAACGAGUAAUCGAUCGAAGGAAACUUAUCGCUAAGAGUGUUAUACAACAGCAUACAAGCCAUUAUAUUACUGUAUUCGAAGAAAGAAAUACCUAUAGGUGUCCAAAUAAAUAUAGUUAAUUG